AUGCCCGGUCUAACAACAAGAGAUUCCUUCGUCUUCAAAUCAAUCUUCGAUCCAGAGGCAUCCGCAGCAUCCACCAAGCAUGCAUCCUCACAAACAUCACUGCCCGGAAUGGCAGAAGACAAGUUCUCCGACCGCAGAUCUGAUGAGCUCCAAAUCAUCUCUCAGCUGCACACCGGCACUUCAAAUCCAGAGACUAUCCACAAAGCUGUUCAAGAUCUCUCAUCACUGAUCGAGGAGUCACCUGGCUACGCCUCUGCGUACAUCAACCGCGCACAGGCAAGCCGCCUACUCAUUCCUACAAGCGGUCUCUUCACAUCCGAUCACGCCCAAGCAAGUGGACAGCUGCUCAGAGAUCUUCAAAAAGGCAUUCAGCUUGCUGAGCCCACCACCUCAGCCCAACAGCUCUCAACUCAUCAAACAACAGUCCUCGCAGCUGCUUACACACAUCGCGGCUUCCUGCUACUCAAGAUCGCCGACAUCAUCCGCAAUGGCGAGCAGGUCCAUGGUGUUGGUGACAAGCUCCAAUCAGCAUCUGCAGAGAGCGUCGAGGAGCAAGCAAGCCAGGACUUCGCCGCUGGAGGUCAAUACGGAAGCAAGGAAGCACGCGAGAUGGCUGUGAGAACCAAUCCUUACGCCAAGAUGUGUGGUGCUAUCGUCAAAGAGGCCAUCAGAAAGGAGGUCGAAGAGUGGAAGGCAGAUCAACUUUGUUGA